UUUAUACAAGAAGUUCGAGUUCCAGAAUACCCAGAGAUGGUAGGACAUGAAACAACAAUUGAAGUAAAUUCUGACGAUGAUAACAAUGCAGAAACAACAUUAACACAAAAUCCUUCAAAUCAAUCCUUCGUUGAGCCUGCACCAAGAUCAUGGAAAAACAUACGCGGUUUUAAAGAACCUGGUCUCCAAACUGAUAUAGACGAUUUUAAUCAAGGCUCUAAGAAGAAGAAAGGUACUGCAUUGCCAGAUGACCCUUUAGAUGAAAAUACCUCUUCCAGCAAAAAUGAUUCUUUUGAACAGUGGGUAAAUAAAAAAAAGCAAUUCUUGGAAUUAGAAGUUCUUGAAAUGCGUAACUAUAAAAUGAAAUUAGAACUGUGGGAAAAGGAACAACAGUUAAACGUGAAGUGUUCGAAAUUUACCAGAGGUAUUGAAAAGACACACCAAUAAAUAUCAAAAUUUAUGGGGAAUAUUUAUGUUUUAAACUUAAAACUGCAUUUUAAAUGUUAUUUUUAUAAAUCUUUGAUACAAUUUUUUAUGUAUUUAUUUAAAAUCGAGUUAUAAUUAGUUUAUACGAAUUAAAAUAUAAGAAAGUUAAAAAA